AUGGCCGAUGUUAAUGCCGAUUGGUCCGCUGAUUCCAAUGAAGCUAUCUAUAUCUCACUGGUCUCUCCAAGCACAGGAGGCACAACCUCACUUCACACCUUCACCCCGAAGUUCACAUAUCCCAUAUUCGGAGAUGAGGAGUCGAUAUUUGGAUACCAGGGCUUGAGGAUCAACUUAAAAUACAAUGCCUGUGACAUGCGACCCGGCCUACAAAUUACUUACAACAAAAAGUUCAAGGCAGUGGGUGAUAUAGAACCAACGGAUUUGAAGGCGACGCUGGAACCAUUCUUACCAAAGACUGCUUUUGAAAAGUCAAGUGUUUUCGAUUCAAAUAUCUCGGCUGUCCCAGCAGAUUGGCAUCCACCGGGAGAACUCUUUCGCGCAAUCGAGGUCGGUGGAGAGACAUUUGAAAUAUGGAAAGGUAUCCUCUCUGAUCCAGUCAUUCAACAAACCAUCAGGCGCAUUCAAAUAUUAGUUCCUUUGUUUAUUGAAGGAGGGACGUUACUUGAUCUCGAUGAAUCAGAGGAUGAUCUUGAGCGAUGGACUGUGUUUUUCUUAUACCACAAGAAGCCAUCCCCAGCCUCAUUUUUCGGGAAAUCUUCAUCAUACGUCUUCAUGGGCUUUUCUACCGUCUAUCGCUAUUACAUGUAUACACCUACGACUCCGCCACAAACUCCCAAUGGUGACAAGAUAGCUCCGGAAUUUACGCUUCCCGUCAAUGGAGUCUCGUUCAAUACUCUUCCAUGUCGGUCAAGAAUAUCUCAAUUCAUGAUUCUUCCACCCUUUCAAAGCGGGGGGAAGGGAUCACUGUUUUAUAAUGCAAUAUUUGAUUAUUUGUCUGAUGAUCCACAUACAAGAGAGAUCACAGUAGAGGACCCGAAUGAAGCAUUCGACGAUUUAAGAGAUAUUAACGACCUAGCUCGUCUACGCAAAGACGAAAGAUUUCUCAAGUUGAAGCUCGAUUCAACGUUGAAAAUCAACCGUAAAGGGCCAGCUCCCACGAAACUUUUUGACACUAAAGCAUACGAAGAUCUCCGAACUCAAAUGAAAAUCGCCCCUAGGCAAUUUGCCCGCGUGCAUGAAAUGUACCUUCUGUCCAUAAUUCCACAGUCAGUCAAAGCAGCCCCUCUCCACGACACAGAAGAAACAUCCAAAAAAUCUUUACCGCCCCCCAGAAAAGAAGAUGAACAUAUAUAUCAUCUCUGGCAACUCCUCGUUAAACAACGUUUAUAUCGCCAUAAUAAAGAGGCCUUGGCACAAUUAGACCGCGGAGAGAGAAUCGAUAAAUUGAACGAGACUUUGAUGGGUGUAGAAGCUGAUUAUGGAAGAUUAAUUGAGGCGGUCAAUGAGAGGAGUGAAAAGGAGAAACCGACUGCUGCGGGGAAGGGAAAGGAAAAGAGCACGGCUAAUGAGAAUGGGAAGAGGGCUGUUGGUGGGGAGGAUGAGGAUGAUGAAGAAGAAGACGAGAACGACGUACCAUUGGCUAAGAGGUUGAAGUUUGCUUCCUAA